CUUACUAUCAGGUUCAACAUUCUCCUUUAUUCAAGUCAAGUCCAAUUGAUAUCAAUCAUGUCUCUGGCGCGUCCUUCAGCGGCCCAACAGCCUGCUGACACUCUUCCACCAACAGCAAGAGCAAUCGCUCUUCUCCUCGCGUCAACGCCAACGGUACAAGAUGCCCAACCAGGCGUUUUGCAUCAACUCCUGGAGUUCGCCCACCGAUAUACCGCCCAAGUACUGUCAGAUGCACAGUUAUACGCAGAACAUGCAGGGCGCUCAGGCGCCUCAAAAAUAGAGAUGGAUGAUGUUGUCCUCGCUAUACAAGCCCGCGUGGGUUGGGAGUUCGGUGGUCGUGUACCCAAGGAGUAUAUCUUGUCAUUAGCAUCUCAGACGAAUGCUACGCCACUUCCUUCUGUGCCAGAAGUCUUUGGUGUCAGGCUCCCGCCUGCAUCCGAGACACUUACUGCUGUCAACUUUGAUCUCGUGCCCAAUAAACCACCACCAGAAGCAAAACUUUACGACGAGGAGGUCGAAGAGAUUGAGGAGGACGAUGAUGACGAGGAGCUAGCGGACGGUCAGGAUGAUGAUGACGAUGCUGAUAUGGAGCCCGCUGCCAUACCAUACACCAAUGCAGCUCCCAUAACACCAACCGACGUUGACAUCGGUGCUGGCACACCUUUACCUGUCGUGGCAGCAGAAGCACUAGAAGAAAACAGCGACGCGGAGGAAGCGGAUGGUCUAUUUGGCGGAGAGGGUGAUGAUGAUGACGACAAUUCAGGUGAUGACGCAAUGGAGGAGGUGCAGACUACGGGAGACACGCAAAUAAACGGUGUGAAGCGGAAACUUGUUGAGGAAGAUGAUUAUGACUAGAGACUUGAACACUCGUAAUGGGUUUUCCU